AUGUCUGGCUAUUCAUAAAUAGGCUUGUUUGAAAACCGUACAAAUGACUUAGAUUCUCUCUCUUAUGAUGUUCAUCUUAUUUAGUAAACACUCCAUGGAUGGACAUCAAUUUUCAACUAACUAAUGGAGAUUAGCAUAUAAACGCAUAAGCAAAAUUAGUCCAACACUGCAUUACUAUAGCAAUUGAUGAUUUAAUUACAACCAAAAUCAAAACAAACCUAACCCAAAGACUAAAUUAAGUUAUCUCCGAUUAGACCAACUAAAACUGAACCAGAUGAAUACAUAAAACCAGAAAACUUUUCUAGAAUCUUUAACAAUCAUAAAAAGAUUUCGAUCAUGCAGUUGCAAGGGACUCCGUUUGAUUCAGCUUUCGAAAGCAUUAAUAAGGAACUAGAAGAACCUAUAAGGGAUGACUUAUACCUAUCUGUUCCUAAAUCUAUGCAACUGUCUAACGAUAAUAAUAUGCAGAAAAAGAAUCACCAAUUAGAUUUCCAUCCGCAAAGUGUUAAAAACACAUAUGAGAAUAAACAAUUUGCUUUUAAUAAACCCAUUCGUUCAUAGGAUAUUAAAUCUAAUAAAGAGAACACUUAAAAUCAGUAUACCAUUCAUAGAUAAGAUUCGAAACGUAAUUAGGAUUAUCCUCAAUUAUCUACUGUACUUGAAGAGAACCCAUCACUUUUGAUGACAUCAAAUGAGAAUAAUUAUAGACAUUCCAUUACUUAAUCACACAGAUAAUAUGAUUAAUAAAUUAUUUAAAAGCAUUCAUAGAAUAGUUAAAGACCACCAAAUUAUUACCAAUAAUAAUAACACCAAUCAUCAGAAAAUAACAGAUCUUCAUCAAAAUCUUGUUAUGGAGCAGCUAAUAACCUUUAACAAUAGAUUCUCACUAACAAUAUCAACAUUGUAAAUUCGCAAUAACAUUUAUAAUUAAUGCAAUAAUAAUAAUCAACAUAAAAUCAUUCUUAGAAUAAUUUGAUUAGUUAAAGUACAAAAAAUAUCAAAUAGAAUCAAUUCCAAAAUAAUAAUGCGUCGAUCAAAUUGCCAAUAGACACCAUCAAUUAAAUAUCAAGCCAAAGAGCUAAAAGUUAUAGUGAAUAGACCUGUAAAAAAUAAGUAAGCAAACGUAUAUUAGAUAUAGAUAUAUUUGAUAAGAAAUACGAAACUAGUUAGGAGUUGAUAUGGAAGGCUUAGAAAAACAAAAGUUGA